AUGACAGUUGACACAAACAAAGCAAACGAAGUAAAGUGGGUGCGGGAUAACACCAUAUUCGCCGACAUUCUCCUUCGAGCGGAUGAGGAUGAGGUAAAAGAGGAGGAGAUAGAGGAAGCUGAGGAAGCUCAGGAGCCAAAUCACGCGGACGGUAAUGGGGGAAUACCCAUAGGCGCCUUCUCGCAACUAUCUAUGAGCCCACCUAUGCGAAGAUCUAAAAGGAAAUCCGUCAUUUUCCCUGCCCACCGAGCUAUGCUACUCCGAUCCGAAUUCUUUCUCGUCAUGUUUUCCUCUAGCUUCCGCGAAGCCCAGGUGACGGACCACUUGCAAAUCGUAUCAAUCGAUUGCACGCCUGAGGUGCUAGAGAUCGUCCUUAGAUUCUUGUAUACGGAAAAGGCGGAUUUCCCUCUCGAAAUCGCGGUCGAUGUGCUAUUUGCCGCAGAUUUGCUUUUAAUUGAGAAGUUAAAGACGAAGACAGCAGUUCUCAUCAGUACACUAGGUAGCGGAAAUAUAGCUUCGCUGGCACGCAAUUCACCGGAUACGCCUACACCAGAGGGCGCCGAACAACCUAUACCAGCAAAACAAGGAGAGGAGCAAAGCGAUGUCGACGACCCUAUUGACGUCUAUGAAAUAAUUCGCGCAGGUUGGCUGAUGCGCGUACAACGAUUAGAGGAAUUCGCCGCCCGAUACCUAGCGUACAAGCUAGAAGCGCACAUCGACAGCCCCGAGUUUGAACAGCUAGUCAUCGAGUCCGCUGAGCGCAUCCAAAAGCGGCAAGAAACAGACUCUAUUGAAUUGAUAGAUGAUAUUCGCUACUACCUUUCUGAACGAUUCAGAUUGCGCUUUGAGGACUCCGGAAUAGACAUGUUAGAGCCUGAGCAGGAAAAUGUUCAUCAGGUAGAGCAGAGGCCCGGAUCACGACCACCUACGUUGUUCAAUAAAUUGCCUGGUGAGGUAGACCUAGUCGAAAAAAUUCAACGCCGCGAACAGCAAAAAGCCGCUAAGCUGGAGGUUCUAAAGAAACAAGAGAAUGGGGAACCCAAUCCCACGAGUGUGAUCCGAACUCUGGAUGGCCAGGAUGCAGGUGAUGAAUUUUCUAGGGAUGCUAUCAAUUAUGAGCACCUUUUAAAUAAAUUGGAUAAGUUACUGGAAAGGUUAGGUUUGGAUGCUUAA